GCAGAGAGGGAGAGAGAAAUCGAACGCCAACACCGUUUCUCACAGUUUCCUCUCGUUGUUCGCGCGUGCAUCAAAAAUAUUUUGCGUAAUCGCUGCGUGACUCUCAGUGGACGUGGAAACAACGAAGAACAGAACUUGAAAUCGGCAUUUUCGCUUCAGAAUUAUCCGAAAGAAAAUAAUAAUUUUAUGAUAACACCCGCGUCUCUUCUAUCGUGAUUCUGGUGGAUUCGAUCGUGGAAUGCGAGGGCAGCGACAUUAUCAUCGAGGGCAUCGUGAAAGCUAAGGACUCGGUUUGAUCAUAGCUAGGAAACGCUAAGGAAUAACUGCUGAUUACUAGUGAAAAGGCAUAAUCGUACGUGACAAUAUGGAGGAAAGGCGAGUCGCGUGACGCAAGGACGCUGAAAGACGCGUUUUCGUGCUACUGUUUGGGAAAGGAGCUUGGUGGGAUUUCUAAAAGGUGGAUUUUACGAAAGGAUUUUGUCGGUUGGGAACUAUGCAACGUACGAGAGACGAACGAGGAUUCGAUAUGCGGCUCAAGGAGGCUGUCGUCUCGAUACCGCUGCAUCCUGGAGGACUGAACAACAAUCAGUUACGUAGGAGCGACCAGAGCCAGCCGAUCGUCGAUGAGAUCGGAAAUCGUAACGGAACUUCGUCGACGACCGUAGAUACGGUCGCCAGGAGCCACCAAAUCAACACCGAAUUCGUUGUGGAAGUUGCGCAGGAUUUUCGCGUCGCCGAAGACACGACCACGUGGUCCUCGUUUGCCAUCACCCGCGAAAACGUGCAAACCAAUAGCUCGAACAACGAAACCAGCAACUUGAACAACAACCUGACAGUUCCGAGAAUCUGUAGAAACAGUUCCGUGGAGAGUUUGGCCGACUACGAAGGGCGUAACUCCUCUCACGAAGACUCGUCCCACGAGUUGACACCGUCCGAGUGGUCUGACUGGUCCGAGGAGGGAAAUUUGCCUUCAGGUUGUCGCGGUAUCGUCAACCCUAACUAUCCUGGCUUUCAACACCUGGCGCCUUCUCUUCUAUCGGACACAGAUCUGACAGAGGAUGAACACGAGAGCUGUCCCGAUUAUACAAGGUUGAACGACAUCGACACCAGACCAGCUGAGAACGACAACGAGUACAACAACAACGUUGAAGACAGCAUCAAUCAUUUGUGCGGUCAAAGGAAUGAGAGGAAGAUUUUUUACGAGAAACCUAAGUUUAAUAUACAGACUGUAACAUCUUUGUACGAGUCGGUGGUGCCGCCAUCGGAGAAAUGUAUAAACUACGUGAAAAGCGUUGAAGACUCUAGAACGGAAGAAAAGAUCCUCACGCCGAAAUCGGAUAUCGUGAACAGCGUGGUUGAAGCGGAGACGCAUUUGACGGUGUUAGAACCGGAGGAGGCGCUUGCUAACACAGUCGCAGAGGACGUUACGGAAUUGUCGGAGGCAGUGUUGGAAAAGAAUCAAGAACGGGAGAUUCCGGUCGAGGUCGAGAUCGUCGAACUGACGACUAGCGUCAAGGAGAUCCUCCAAUUUCCGGAGAUCGAGGAAAUACCAGACUCGGGGAAGACUAGCGAGGUCGGUGAGACAGAGGAUAUCGUGGUGGAGCACAUCGACCUGAUACGCGAGGCAAAGGAGUUGCCUCACCAGGCCCGUUCCAAAAUAGGCAACCGUCAGACGGCCACGUCGAGCGGCUCCGCCGACGACGACUCGGAGAGCAAUACCGACACUGACAGUUAUCCGGAGGAGCAGCCCACCUACACGAAGCUCGAGGAGAUUGAUCUGCUCUCGAGCAUCGGCCGUGAUAUCGGGGUCGAUCUCGAGAAGUACGUGCAACCGGUACCAGACGUGGUCGCUAUGGAGGCACUGGAUCCUAUUCACUCGUCCACGCGAUCCUCUGUUCCCACGAGCAAUAUGACGAAAGACGACAUGCAAGAUACGAACAAGCUAUUGGACCGUGAUCUUCCGGAAGCAUCGGGCGCGGAUACCAAGAAGAAAGAAAAAAUGGUGAGGAAUCAAGCGAAACGCAGACAACAGCAGCAACAGCAACAGCAACAGUUGCAACAGUUAAGAGCGGCGAACCCACAGAAACGUCCGGACAAGAGAAGAGCUGAUGCGGACAAUGGACCAGGUGGCUUCGACGUCUACAAUAUCGAGACAGCGAUGCCAAAGAUCGAUCUGGAUGCGAUCGAAUCUCACCUGAGAGCUGCACGCGAAGAAGAACGACGAGAUGACGAUAAAGAGACCGACAAGGAACAGCCAAAGUCGGAAGGAACGACUUUAUUGUUACAGAAGCCCGACGAAACAAAAGAUGUUGAAAGGGAAGAUCUCGUUAUGCGAUUCGAUAGAGUAGUGCGGGGAGAACCGGAUGAAACUUUUCAGCGGCGAAAUGAUCGCGAAGAGAUACGAAGGAGAUUGGCAAUGGGUCCAGACGCUGAAGACUUGCGCACUGAACGCGGAAGAAAACCGAGUCUCCAGUCGCGGCUUCAAAGCGGGAUGAAUCUACAGAUCUGCUUCAUGAACGAAACACCCUCGGACACGGAGUCUCCGUGUUCAGAGAACGAUGCAUCCCCUGGAUCCACGCCGAGCCCACUGAACUCGAAGCAACAACAGAAACAACAAAUGCCAGUCAGACCUCAAGUGCUGAGCCUUCCACCUUUGAGACUGGAUAGCGGUUUGAAUUCAGCACCGAUCGACGAAGCCGACUUCUUCGCCAGACAGGCCAGAUUGCAAACCGAGGCACGGAUGGCCUUGGCACAGGCCAAAGAAAUGGCGCAUAUGCAGAUGGAAGUGGAGAGGCAAAGGCUAAAACAAAGUCCCAUCACCGAGAUGGUGCGAUCUAGCCUCGAAAAAGUUGGCGUUCAGCUGGGUGAGGAUAGGCGCAGAUUGUCUCGAGUACUUUUAACGGAGCUAAAUGUCGCGCAACUUCAAGUAGUCGCGAACGAUUUGCACGCAAGAAUCGCUGCUCUGAACGAGGCUCUGGUCGAAGGACUUUUGAGAAGAGACGACUUACACAUGGAACAAGAUUCGAUGCUCGUCGACGUCGAAGAUCUCACUCGAUAUCUCUUCUGCUGCGUUCACAUGCACAGAGGUGCCAAGCAGGAGUCACUGAAGAAAAAGCAGAACGCGAGGGAGCAGCAAACAACGAGCAGAAGUCACCAACAAGUAAACGCUGGGCAGAACAAGUCGUCGAUGAAGCCAAAGCUUACGCACCGCGGUCUAGUCUCGUUGGUAAGAAAAUAAUGCCUCGCCACGAGACUGCGUAGUCUCGUUGGCAAUUAAGCGGGAAUUAAGGAAUUACUAUUUAACUGGUACAUAGCACAACAUCCGGAGAACACGAAUACGUUAGAUUAGAUCUGCUCGAUUCGACGUUCGAGCUCUAGCUCGAGAAUCAUACCGAUCUGGACGAGAUGCGAUAUGAAUUGCGCCGCAUUCGGCGGAUAACCGAAAUUCCGAUUGCGAUUCCGAUGUCGAUGCUCGGAUUCCCUCUUGCAUUUGGAAGAGCAACCAGAAAUUGUAUUACGAAAAGAAAGAGAAAUGAAUGUGUUUCGAGGCAACGGUAGAAAAACGGGUAGUUUUCUCUUAUCGCGCGGGAAAAGAAGUUAUAGCAAGCAAAUACAAUCGUUUUCUUCUUCCUUAAUGGAGAUUCGAAGAUAUACCGUAGUACGUAUCGCAACGAAGAAUCCUCUUUUUCCCUGUUUGAUAAAUGUGUUUUCCACAGGGAAGAAGGGCAUCUUUUUUCAAAGUUUUUACAGCUUUGUCGUUAUCAGCAUAAAAGCUAAAGUAAUAUGUAAAUACGUACACCUCCGUUCGUAAUUAUAUAUACCUAUGUACAUAUUAAGACAUUUACGGAUAAUAAGGUAAAUCCAAAGAAUUAUUAGAAAACUAUUUUUUCCCCAUCCAUGCAUGCCAUGCAUGCCACGCAUGCAUUUCUUCUAUCGUUACCUAAACUUUAAUCGAUUCCAAUAUUUAUAUUAUUAUUCCGUUUAUCAUUGUUAUUUGUUGUUAUUUAGUUGUACGCGUUAUCGGUAAUUCCAUAAACCGGAUUUAGACUUUGACAAACUUCCCUGAAUUAUCUACUUGAUCGUCUUAAAUUUGUUCAAUCGGUGAUUCAUCGAGACCAACAUAUCGCUUCUUGACAUUAGCGACCUAUCACACAACUUGGAAAAUAAAAAUUGUUUGUAACUUACGUUCAUCAGUUUGUACCAUGUUGUAUACGCGUUACGCACAUACGUAACGUAUUACGUUUUCAUAAUACGAUGUAUUUACGUAUUGUACGAUAUUUUGUACGAUAGUUUCGUAAGACCUUGUUAUUUCUAUUCGAUGCUGUUAUAACGUGACUCUA